ACCUAUUUAAUAUGAGAGUAAAGAUUGUAAGAAUGACUCAGAUGACGAAAAUAUGAACAUAUUGUAAAUUACGCUGUUUCUUCCUUUGUAUUUUUCUUCAUAAUAUAACUAUAUAUCACUAGCUAGAUAUCUCUUACUAUCAAAGACAAACUGACAUUCUCAAUGGAAACCGACACAAGUGAAACAAUUUACCGUACUGACAACGACGCUCAUGUCAUGUCUGAAAAGGUUCGCACGUUAGCGUCGAACAUUUACGGAGAAUUUGAAAGAAUGAUUGCUAAAUAUGACGAAGACGUAGUUCAAACGCUUAUGCCUUUGGUGAUAGGUAUUCUUGAAAACUUAGACAAUGCCUAUACUGAAAGACAAGAACAAGAGGUAGAUUUGGAACUUUUCAAGGAAGAUAAUGAGCAACUAUUAACUCAAUAUGAAAGAGAAAAACAAUUGCGUAAGGUUAUUGAACAGAAACAAUUAGAAAUAGAAGAUAAUUUUGAUGAGGAGAGAAGAGGGCUGCAUGACAAAGUUGAAAGUUUAGAGUCUAGUGUUCGGAUGUUCGAGUUGAAAACGAAGAAUGUUCAAGAUCAGGUAUCAAGAAUGGAAGAGAAGGAAAAGGAACUGAAAGAUGAAUAUUCUAAAUUACAUGACAGAUAUACAGAAUUAUUUAAAACUCAUAUGGACUAUAUGGAAAAAACAAAACUAUUUAUGACUGCCGAUCGUAUAAUUGAUUCUCCUGUAUCUACUAAAAAAAGCCAAAUGACAUUGCCCCAGUUACGGCCUGUUAAUUCUCAAAUGGGCCUAUAUGACACCGAUUCAUUAGCUCUAGCUGGAGGAAAGACUCCUGAUGACAUUCCCGGUUUGCCAACCCCUGUUGAGAAAGUAAAUCCAGUUACGAGUUUGAAGAAUGAAAUGCAACAGAAUAUUGACAAAUCUGAAAUGGAAGAUAGUGAAAAGCCAAAUGAAUGUGAACCUGCAGAAGCCAGGGGAAAUGAAAAUGUAAUGGUCUGCGAAACGAAAAGCUCAGUUGAAACAGAAUCUUUUGAGACAGUAAAUUCUAAUGAAAAAAAUACUAAGCACGAAAUGCAUGUUCUUAUUUCCUCAGAUGUUUUAUUGUCUGGAGACGAUUUACCUUCCCCAUCAAUUAAUGAAAACAAUCCACUUCGACAGAAACAAGCGGGAAACGUAAGCUACGAAGAAGUAUCAUAUCCAAGUACAGAGCGUACCAAAGAAGACAAACUAGAAUUAGCAGGAAUGGGAAAGGAAGUUGAGAAUUUAAUUCUUGAAAAUACAGAACUGCUGGCAACUAAAAAUGCUCUUAAUGUUGUUAAGGAUGAUUUAAUUGCCCAAGUUGAUGAACUAACAAGCGAACAAGAGAUUACGAAAGAAGAAAUAAAUAAUCUGCAGAAUACUAAAGAAAAAUUGACAAAGAGAAUUAGUGAAUUAGAAAAUGAAUUGAAAAUCUGUAAAGAUGAAUUUGAAAAAAUAAAGGCUGCAAAUGCUGAAGAUAAAGAGGAUGAGCUUCCCACCGGUCAGAGAAAACGUUUCACAAGAGUUGAAAUGGCAAGAGUUAUUACUGAAAGAAAUCAGUACAAAGAACGCUUAAUGGAACUACAAGAAGCCGUCCGAUGGACAGAAAUGCUGAGAGCCUCCAAAGAGCACCCAGAUUUGACAAGGCCAAAAUCCAAGAGCUCCGUUUGGAAUAUAUUUGGUGGAUUGUUUUCGGCCAAACCUCAGUCUUCUGUUCAAUUUCCGAGUCAAUUUCCUUCUCCCAAGCACGUUGGUCAUUCUGUUAGAAUUGAAGGCGAAUCGGUGGACCAGCCGUCUGAAAAUAAGUCCGUUGAAUUCCUUAAGGACGACUCGUCUUCCAAAUCUCAGACUGAACAUUUUAGGAGGUUAAGAGUACUUGAGAAAAAAGACGAUGGCCGAAUGCAGGCUUACGGCUGGUCUCUUGCAAAUAAGAAAACCAGUCCUAAAGAAAAUGUUUCGAUCAAAGGUCAAGCGGGUGGAGGCAAGGGUCCAAUUUCCGUGCCUUAUCCUAUCUAUUAUGGCGGUCUUAGUGAGGAAGAUACGUGUUCAAAAAUUUCUUGUUCAGAGCCUGUAAAACUUGGCGGUGGAGCCAAAGUGUAUACUGACCAAUCAGAGCAUUCUGCUACAACCCUAAAAAUAGCAGGAAACGAAUCAAAAGAAGAGCUAAAUAAUAUAAAUAAGGCUAUUAAAAAUCAUAGCGAUUAUUGCGAGAAACUUCAACAACUAUCGUCAUUAGUUUGGAUUGCAACGUAUAAUGGUAAAGGAAGUUUCAUUCGAAUAAUCGACGCUAACAAACCUUCCGAAGUGGUUAAAACCUUUCAAGCUAGCGUUGAUUCUCAAGCAAUUUGCAUUACUAGCAUUCCAGGAACUUUACCUACCGAUUAUUCUUCUUUUGAAAGUAUAAAGGUGAACGAAACUUCAGCCGAAACAUCAACUAAUUUGUCACCUUCGCCUAGUAAAAGGAAAACUGGUAAUAUAACACUUAUUAAUUUUCCAUCUGAACAAGCAGAAGACUCCUUUGAAAGGGAAAACGAUAAUGAUUCGUCCGAGCAAGAGGUUGUAUUACAGACUAUUAAAAAGGCUAUUGAUGUUUUAAACUUGAGUAUAGACGAUGAAGACAAAGAUUCAGCUCAAAGCGAGACGGCUUUCUCCCUUAAUAUUAUUAAUGAAAAAGACGAUUCCUCUCUGGGUCGUUUACCGACUAUGUGGUUAGGAUUUGCCGAUGGGCGAGUUCGUGUUUAUUCCUCAAUUAAAAAGUGGGGGAAAUGCCUAUUUUCUAUAAAAUUUGACGAUUCAGUCGUUCAGAUAUCGUACGCAAAAGGCAGAGUAUUUGUCGCUUUAGCGAAUGGUUUAAUAGCAGUAUUUCGACGAGAUUUAGAUGGAUGUUGGAAUACGAAGAAUUAUCAUUUAAUCGAUGUUGGAAAGUCAAGUUCGGCUGUGAGAUGUUUGUUAAGUAUUAAUAAUGGAUUGGCUUUGUGGUGUGGCUAUAAAAAUAACGUUUUGGUUAUUGAUUCCAAUACUUUAGAAAUAAUAAAUAUAUUCGAGGUUCAUCCGAGAAAAGAAAGUCAAAUAAGACAAAUGACACAAUACGGAAAUGGUGUUUGGAUAUCUAUUAAACUAGAUUCUACUUUAAGACUAUUUCAUUCCCACACGCAUCAUCAUCUGCAAGAUAUUGAUAUGGAGCCUUACGUUGAAAUGAUGCUCGGAAGUGGUAGGCUCGGAUUUUCUUUUGUAAGGAUAACAGCUCUUCUUCUUGCCAGUAAGAGAUUAUGGGUUGGUACUGGGAACGGUGUUGUCGUCUCUAUUCCCCUGUCGGAUCAGCAUCAACAACACAAGGUUCUCACUAGCGGUUCAACCGCAACUACUCCUGGCGGUGUUGUUAGACUAUAUGGAGAUGCUAAGCCUGACUCCUUCUCGUCAGCUAAUCUUAUACCAUAUUGCAGUAUGGCACAGUCUCAAGUGAGCUUUCACGGACAUAAAGAUAGAGUAGUCUUCUUAAUCAACGUUCCAGGUCAAAGAGUCACUACUUCAUCAACGUCUAGUCCAGCAAAGAAAUCGAAAAAGAACGAACUAGUCUUAUCUGGCGGUGAGGGCUAUAUUGAUUUUCGUUUGGAAGAAGCCGAAGAGAUGGAAGAUCCAAAACAUGAAAGAAGUAAUUUAAUCGUUUGGCAGGUCUUUCAUUCUACCUAA